AUGACAUGUAAAAGAAGUUGGAAACUUGGAUCGUCGAAGAAGAAGACGAAUAAAAAUAAGAAGAAGAAGAAGACGAAGAAGCAAACUCUCUUAGACCUUCCCUCUGAUCUCUUAAAUUUGGUGAUUUCCUUUCUUCCAUUAAAAGACAACAUCCAUGCUUCUACUGUCUGCAAAACACUGCACGAAGCUUGUGUCUCUGUUCGAGUACCAGAUACGUCUCCCUGGCUUAUCCACUUCUCCAGAACAGACGGAUCCCAUGAACUCUACGAUCCAUCAACGCAGAAAACACACAAUCUUUCAUUUCCAGAGCUAUCCGAUUACAGAGUAUGUUACUCCAGAGAAGGUUGGUUACUAAUGUACAACGCCAACACAUUUCAGCUCCUCUUCCUCAAUCCGUUUACACGUGAACGCAUACCAUUGCCUCCGCAUUGGAUGGCGUAUGAUCAGAGAAUGGCUUUCUCUUGCGCUCCUACAUCAACCACUUGUCUCUUGUUCACUGUCACUAAUGUCAACACGAGUAACAUCACUGUCAAGACAUGUUGUCCUAACGCUGCUCAAGAGUGGAAGACAUUUGUGUUCAAGAACCGGUUACCAGGAAGCUACCACACUUUCGAGCAGAUUGUCUUCUCCAAUGGUGUCUUCUACUGCCUCACAAACAUGGGCUGCGUAACGAUCUUCGACCCGUGUUUGGAAUCUUGGAAUGUUCUUCCCGGGCGAACUCGCAAGGAUGAAGGACGAAGCAACGGGUGCUUUAUGACAGAACACCAAGGAAAGAUCUUUCUCAUAUACAUGUACCGCUUCAUGAGCCCUACGGUGCAUAGGCUUGACCAUACAAGCUGGGAAUGGACUGAGAGGAGAACACUGGGAGGCUUGACGAUCUACGCAAGCGCUUUGUCUUGUGAAACGAGAGCAGGGCAGAGUGGGAUUCAAGAGGACUCUUUGUGUCUCUCUGUGUUCCGUGGAUUCAAGAGGACUUGCAUUUACCAUAAGGUUGGUGAAGAGAGUGUGAUUAGCUUCAAGUGGAAAAAACUUGAUCCGUAUGGUAACAUCUGGAUCAUGCCACCACUCAACCUCCUUGAUCUCCCUUUUGCUUGA